AUGUCACCUACAUUUCCUUCAAUGAUUCAAACUGUGGAAUGUAAUGAUUUUGCUUUCCUUGAAAGUUGUAUACUCGUAAUAUCAGAAACCUACUUUUCUUCAAAUUGUAUGUAUUCUGUUCUGAAAAGAAAAUGCGACAAUGAUAAGUCCGCCAUUCAUUACUUAUUCAUUUACUAUUACAAGCUACUUAUACUCUUGCUUCGCUCGGGUGCGCUCCUAAACAAGCUAACGGCGUACGCACGGCUACCUGGGCAUGGGAUCAAGGUGCUUGAUGAA